GUCAGCCUAUUGGCGAGAGCCAGUCCGGCACCGCGCGUUGUCCCGAAUGCACGUCGAACCGCCGAUUUCCGCGUGUGCUGGCCACGUGAUCGCGCUCGAUCGCGUUCGAUACACCUUUACCAGCGAUCGCUCUGCUGCUGCUGCUGCCGGCUCUCAGUUCUUCCAUCACGGUGGUUCUCGUCCUCACUUCUCCGUUUUCGAAACGCGAAAUUCCUCGUCUGCGAGCCUCCGUCUCGAAUCGAUCGCGUAAUCGCCGUUCGUCGUUCAACAGACAUUGGUACACCUAGAGAGAGAGAGAGAGAAAGAGAGAGAGACUCUAUAACGGUACACCGCGAAAGGUGACUUACGCGGAGAAAACCUGGCACGAAAUACUGGCAACCGAGUCUGGAAGAAGCUGCGCUCGAAGAGGAUCACGUGGUUAAGAAUACCGGUGCACGCAGUGGACAGAGACUUAGGGAUCGGCGACGAGAACUAGCGGCGAAUGAAUGGGAGUGGCCGGCAUUCCGGAUUGUAAAGAUCAGCGGCGGUGCGAUGAAUGGAACGCGGCGUUGAGAACGAUCCGGAAAAUGGAUGUCGCCAAGAGUGCUGCAACGGAGGAGUUCGUGACGGUGGUCAGCGUGGAGAGCCAGCCGCCGCCGCCGGAGAAUUUCGUCACGGUGUUGUCGAUCGGUAACACCGGUAAGAAAGAGGACGAUGCUCAUCUGCCGACGAUUCCGAUCGCCGCGUCGACCAAGAGCACGAGCAACGGUGUCGACGGGCCGCUCGAGGAGGAGGUCGAGGUGUACAGGUUACCGGGGGAACGGCUGGGGUUCGGACUGAAGUUCGAAGGAGGGAACAAGACGUCCGAGAGAGUCAGGAGGCUGUUCGUUCAGAGCUGCGCGGAGCAAAGUCCGGCUAGCAGGGCGAAAUGCUCGUGGGGCAUUUUGGGGGAGGGUGACGAGGUACUCUCGAUCGACGGUGUACCAGUGACACACAUGACUCGGCUGGAUUGCGUGAGACGGCUGAAGGAGUCGCAGCUGGUUAUCAAGCUGAUGGUUAGGUGCAGAGGAGCGCUGAGGCCGGAGGUGGUGAGCGCCGAGAAAAAGAAUUCACCGGAGAGGAGCAAAGUGCCGCCCGAAUUGCCCUCGGUGCCACCACCCGUGCCGCCGCGAAAGCUGAGGCAAGCCCGAGGCUUGGCCGACGGCGAGGCGAACCCGAGUCCCGUGAAGAAAUCCUGGAGCGGUUCCAGCUCGCAGAGCAGCUCGCAAAAUGGCUCGCCAAAUUCGCAGCCUGCCAAUCAGCCGGACAGCAAGUCGACCUCCUUCGAGAGCUGCGAGUCUUCCCCGAGGAGCAACGGCUCCGUGCUUCAGGAGAGCCCGAAGGGAUCGAUCGUCAAGGAACGAUCGCCAGAACUCGCGAAAUCCAAACAGGAACCACCCGAAGCGAUGGUGUACAUGGACGCCAGGUCCCAGUGCGGCUCGACGCACGGAAGCACGUCGGACGACACCGGCAGCUCGAUGUCGACGAUGAUCGACCGAUUCUCCACCACCUCCGACCGAGUAUCCACCAUUUCCACCGUCUCGACUGCCUCCACCGCCUCCGAACAACCGAGCGAACAAUUCUCGCGAGUGGAUCAAGACUUCGUGGAUCGAUCCUCGGACCGCGACUCGCAACUGUCCAAAGCGAUCUGUCCGUUCGAGAACCUGUCCGACGACUACCAAUCGUCCAACCCGACCCCCGACUAUCUGCUCCGCCGUCUGGCUAGCUCCGAAGCGGUGACUCACGUGGAGUCCCGGGGCGAGGUGGAGAAGAUCACGGCGGUUGUGGCGCCGAACACGGUGCUGAUCGAGGAAACGAUCACGUUUCAGCCGCCGUUGAGCUUCCAGGACGCGCCGUUGAGCUACGGCCACGAGGCCAGGCCCGAUCUACUCUACACGGCCGAUCUCGCCGCCGACUCGACCACGCACUUCAGGCCAAUUAAGGACGACGUGGAACUCGUCGAGCGCGUCAACAGCGUCCACUGCGAGGAAUUCCAGUCUUCCGCCGAGUCUCUGGCCAAGCGCAAGGAAACUCCGAGCAGCAGGACGCCACCGCCGCUGCCUGCCAGGAAUCACGUGAACAGAAUCGCCGUCAAUCAACCGAACAGCGACCAAUCCUUCAGCGAGGCUCUCGACAAUCAGGAUGCACCUGUUCUACCGCCCAAGCCGCUGCCCAGGAGAGACGUCAAGAUCAGACGGAAGAGGCCACCGCCGCCACCGCCGCCACCAGCGAUCCUCCCUCGAACCGAGGCCAAACCGUCCUCGUUGCCCGAGUCCAGGCAAACCAGCUUCGAGAAGGAGGACGACGACGACGAGCCUGACGUCGCAAACGCCGGCAAACUCGACGAGCUUGCGCGCGUUGUCAGGGCGAGGCUCGAGGACAGGUCGAAGACGACAGAUCUCGACGACAGGAAUUUGACGGACAUGGUCGCGGACUCGGACAAGAAGAGAACCGAGGAGGAGACCGACGAUACCGAGUCUAUGGAGAACUACGAUCCUCGGGAGGAGGAGGGAUUCAGGACGAACAAGGUGUUGGAGAUCAUCGAGAUACGAAAGGCGAGGGCGUUCUCACCUCGCGGAACGAAUUCAACGUUGCGUGAGGAUAAAGGCAAGCAUCAGGAGCCGGAGAGGCCUAAGCCGGAGCUUAGAGCUUCGGUUAGCUCGGCCUCGACCGAGACGGAGGAUUCUGACGACGAGGGUGAACAGAUCACCAAGUUCAACGAGCCCAUUGACGAACUGGAGGACAAGGUGGUUGGAAGCGAGAGUCUGGAGCGAUCGAGAGACAUCGAUCCGCCGGUUAAGAACGAGGAUACGUCGCACGGAUUGCGAGAGAGCAGCGAGAGCGAGGAUUCUUUUAGAUCGUGCAACGAUAUCAGCGUGCACGCUCUGACGACCAACCGUGCCCAGAGCAACAACGAAAUUACGGACGAGGAGGACACGAGCGAAGAGAGCGACGAAGGGGAUUAUUAUUGGCAGAGCAACCUGGCGACCAUUGGCGAAGAGGAGGAGACCAAUUCCCUCGAGUACACGAAUCCGAAUAACGAAGAAUCAACCGACAACGAGGCGAGCGUCACGGGGAAAGCAGAGCGAGAGGAAUCGGCGGGCAAGGAAGGCAUGCUCGAUGCAAAUGGUAAGUGUGAAUACAGCGACGUCUUCAUUAUCCUCUAGCCUGUUCCUAGUUGGGAAGAGUUCCUCGCUCGGCAAAUUAAAAGCCGCCGGUUCGAGGUCAGUGCAAAACAAUCGAGCGGCUCUGCUCGGGGAGAAGUUCCAUUAAAACCGCUCGAAUCAGUCAAUUAAAUCCAUCAGCCGCGUUGCUAACCGCGCAAAAAUGUUAGCGCCAUUCGCGUUGACCCGCGAGUUCCCCUUAAUUGCCCAGCUUCUUGCCUCGUCCUUGCUCUUGCCUGCUAUCAGAUGAACCAACUUCGAUCCAACGCUAACCAACGAAUUUGACACUGACUCGGAACUACCGAGGUCGUUAAAAUGAUUGAUUGACAAUUUUUGUUAGACAUUUAAAUGACAAUUUUUGAUAU